AUGUGUUCGAUCGACUUUGAUUUGAAUAAUGUUGUAAAGCAGGAAACCAUAGAAAAUAAUGCAGGGACUCACCAGGGCUUAAACCUUUUUAGCCAGCACCAACCCUCUCCAAUACAAGUUCCACAACAGCAACAGCAACAACAACCUCAGUUUCAAGCUCAGUCCCAGCAACAACAACAACAAGUUCAAUUACCCCCGGGAACUAAACGAUUAGCAUGUUCAAAUUGUCGGAGAAGAAGAAAAAAAUGUGAUUUAAACUUCCCCUGUGGUAACUGCAUUAAACUAAAGUUAACUUGCAAUAUAAAUGGUGAAGAUUUAAGAAAAAAAAGGUAUUCAGCGUCAUAUGUCAAAUCAUUGGAAUCACAUAUUGCAUAUUUGGAAAAUUCUUUUAAAGAUUUAGUGGAAAGAGCAUGUCCAGAGGAUUCAGAUUUGAGAAAGAAUUUAAUGUUGGAUGAUAUCGUAUCUGGGUUUAUGUCAGCGCCCUCAAAUAGUGAUAAUAGUAAUUUUAAUAAUAGACCCGCUGCCAGUAUGGAGACAGAUCCUAUUGUGGAUGAGGAAACAGAUUCUAUGAGGGCACUAUUAGAAUUUGCUGGUACAAAGAGAAACACAGUGACACCAGAGCUACCAACUGAACCUCCUGAAAAAAAGAAGAAGAAAACCUUCCACAAAGGAUCUCUUUACCCUGAUGAUACGAAAUCUCAAUCCUUUACCAACUUGGCGGCGGCGCCUGCCAUGAUGGCUUUAGGUUCUUCAACUUCAUCUUCAUCUUCCCAAAAUGAAAUGUCAAUUACAGCCGCGCUAGAUAAAACAAUCAGUGAUGAACGGAUAUCAGAUUUAAAGAAAACGGUAAUUGUAAGACCUUCAGGUGAUGGGUUAAACCAAAAUUCUUUGAAUAAUGAUCCCAAAAUUCUGAAAUCAUUAUCAAAUUUUUACAGAUGGCUCUACCCUGGUCAUUUCAUCUUUUUACACAGAGAAAGUUUCCUUUAUGGGUUUUUCAAUCAUGCUAAAAACAACUACAGAGGUUCUCCUUAUUGCUCCGUAGAGUUGAUCUAUGCCAUGUGUGCGGUCGGAUCGCGUCUUAGUAGUGAUUUGCAACCUAUGUCAGAGGAGUAUUACGAAAGGUCAAAGACUGCACUUUUGAAGCUAGUCUUCGAUGACCAUAGUGUUGCGAGAAUUACUACAGUACAAGCCCUAUUCUGUUUAGCAUUCUAUGAAUUGGGGAAAGGUGAUACUCAGUUAGCAUGGUACUUCUCAGGUCUAGCCAUUAGAGUUGGAUAUGAUAUGGGAUUCCAAUUAGAUCCUGAAGUUUGGAUUACUGCAGACGAUGAUAUCGUUACGGGCCGUACUAAAUUGACUAAAAGUGAAUUGAGAAUCAGAUCAAGAAUUUAUUGGGGGUGUUUCGUUGCAGAUCAUUUAAUUUCUUUGCUUUUGGGUAGAACAACUUCAUUAAGCGUUAGUAACUCUACCAUACCUGAGUCCGACGAAUUACCAGAAAUUGAGGGUGUAGAAGAUUUUAGAUUUGCAAGUCAACAUGUUUUACAAGUUUCAUUACCAUUGAAAAACAUGAUUAUUUUAUCGAGAAUAGUACAAAUUUUCACAACCCAAAUUUUCAUUGAAACUUUGGAGACGAAACACAAAGUUGCCCAUCUGAUUAGAUUUAAUUUGAAAGUUUUCAACUGGAGACAAUUACUGCCUGAUUUUUUAAAAUGGUCGAAGGAAAAAUUAAGAGAUCAUGACAUAUCUACAGAUCCAACAAUCUCUUACUUCUGGUACCUGUACUAUAUCGUUCUCCUAACUUUUAACAAACCAUUUAUCGAAGACUGUGAAGAAUCUAAAACCGUGGUUGGCGAAUUGGUAGACGACGUUAAGAUGCUGUUUGACGGAUUUAGAAUUAAAUUUGGCGGAUUCCAAAAGGCUAGUCUAUGUCAGUUAUACACUUGUCUACUGGCAAUCAAUUCCUUGAUCAAACUGACAUGCUAUGCAGAAGUUGGUAGUGUAGGUGCAGGAACUAAAUUUUCAGCAAGACCCCCACAUACACCACAAUGUGACCAUUCGCCUCAAUGCACUAAAAGGCUUGAACAGCUGGGGUUCUUCUCAAACGUCUUCCACUAUCACAUGUCACCGCAGUUCGGUUUACCAAAGAGACUACAGGAGGAUGCCAAGUACAAUUCGGAACAGGAGAAACAGACCGUCAAUCAGGUCUGUAACUCCAGCUACAUCCACGAUUUUACGCUGAGUAAUGAAAUUGACGACAUGAUUAAAGAACUGUUCGGCCUAGGAGAUGUGCUGCUGUGA